AUGGGAGCCAACAAUCGAUACUCUUAUGUGGAAACGCCACUGGAAAUGACUCCCCCAAGCCAGCGACGUCCGCGACUUUUGCCCGCUCAAACAGACCGGGAUACCCAUCCGACUGAUGACACACCUCUUGCUAUUGAGAAGACACAGCAUGCGUUACAAGAUACUCCGUGUCCGGAUAUCCGAAACCACCCGGCCAAUCAUGCUCCAUUAGCUCACGAUAUACCUGAGCAUGCUUCUGUGCAAAUGCAUGCUGAGCAGAAUCCGGAUCCACCAAGCUCCCCGGGCCCUCUGCCUGUUAAGACAAACCCAUAUACACAAAACAAUGAGCCUAAUAGCCAAAAUAUAUCUGUCGCACCAGACGCGAACCCUCUUCAAUCACCUAGGCUACCUUACUUUCCUCCACCAGCGAGGGCACCAACUGCCCCAACACCGGCACCGACCGACUCCGUAGGGUACCAUCAGCCAGGGCAGAUAUCGCAUCCUAACCAACAGAUUAAAGGCGGUGGAUGGAGUCAUAAUUUAUGUGACUGCUCAAGCAUUGGGACGUGCCUUCUUGGCAUUGCAUGCCCUUGCAUUCUGUAUGGCAGAACACAGCACCGUCUAUCCAGGAGGUCGAGAAAAGAGGACCCGACGAACAUGCUCGGUUACGAGACAUGCAAUGGGUCCUGUACCGCCAUGGCCUUGUUAUGUGGUUGCCAAUGGCUUCUUGCGGCCAUCCAACACUCUCGAACCCGCAAGGCAUAUGCCAUUCAGGGUAGUAUUGCGUCCGACUGCGUUCGCGCUACCUGUUGUACAUGCUGUACACUCAUCCAGGACGAGAAAGAGAUCAGAAAGAGGGAGGAAGAGAGGGCGAACGCAUCCAGAGCUGCCGGGGCCGCACUGGUAUCUCCGUAUCUAGCCCCGGGGCCGAUGUCGUACGGUCCACCCCAGAAGUGA